UUUGUUUCAUAAGCUAUGGUUUGCUCCACUUUGCAUCAGUGACGGUGUUGGUUGUCUACGGUGGCCGCCUGGGCACAUAUGCUGUAGCGCGUCUGAUCGUUUGUUUACUUCAUUUGCAAUAAUGAUGUGAAAUCGAAUCCGCUAGCUAGCCUAGCCUAGCCUAGCUAAAAUAAUGAAGAACCGGUAAGAGAUGGAGGAAAAAGGGCGUGUGAUGGGGGAGACACAUUGAUGGACCCCAUUUUAUUUUUCAUCUCAUGAUAACAUUUCUUUUUAUAACCUGUUCACUGUGAAACAACUUAUUUCAUUGACUGCGUUAGCCUGCUAGGCUGCAGGCUAAGCUAACGUCAGUGGAUUUUGUUUCGGUGUAAUUUGAUAUGGCACAUUGAAAAAUCCGCUCACCAGCGCUGGGAUUUCUCUAAUUUAUCCCCGCUCGAUUGUUGUUAAUAGGACCGGGUUUAUACGAUAGUAAACCAACGUUAGCCAUCACGCUGUUAAAGCAAUCUUAGCUAUUAGGCUGUAGCUAACGAAACUGUCUGGCCUGGAAUGGAGCCAGGCGACUUGAGGGAGAGCCCCGCCGGGUCCGGGGAGUCAGAUACGGGGGAUUGGAGGGAGGUUAUUCCUGGUGGUGAUGAGGUCAAAGCUACCGAAAAUAAUGGAACAAAACUACAAACCGACACCUGCGAGGAAGAUGAAAAUGAAAAACAAAAAAGUGUGGGAGGGCAAUUGCACAGUCCCUACGAGGAAGAACUGGACCCCAGGAUCCAGGAUGAGUUGGAGCACCUCAAUGAAGCCAGUGCAGAAAUCAACAGACUCGAGCUGCAGUUGGAUGAUGCCAGAUCAGGGUACCGGAAGAUCCUCACGGAGUCUGCCAGGAAGUUAAAUGCUCAGAGCUCUCAGCUUGGUAGCUGCAUAGAGAAAGCUAGGCCGUACUAUGAAGCCCGUCGCCUUGCAAAAGAGGCGCAGCAGGAGACCCAGAAGGCAGCUUUGAGCUAUGAGAGAGCGGUUUCUAUGCACACAGCUGCCAGGGAGAUGGUCUAUGUGGCCGAGCAGGGCCUGAUGGCUGAUGGCAAAAAUACCCUGGAUCCCACCUGGCAGGAGAUGCUAAACCAUGCUACUGCCAAGGUGAACGAAGCUGAGGAGGAGCGACUCCGCAGUGAGAGGGAGCACAUGCGCGUCACACAUGCCUGCCAGGAGGCUGAGGCUCGGGUUCAGAUGCUGCAAAAGUCCCUCAAAAGAGUCAUCCUGAAAUCCAAACCCUACUUUGAGCUCAAAGCUCAAUUUAACCACAUACUGGAGGAACACAAGGCUAAAGUGCUGCAGCUGGAACAACAAGUAGCCAAAGUUAAGACCAGCUACUCCAUUGCCCUACGAAACUUGGAGCAAAUCAGCGAGCAGAUCCAUGCUCAGAGGGAGAGGGACCAGGCUGACAGAGGAUGCCUCACUGUCUGCGGUGGGCGAAGUCCCCCGGUUGGAGCUGAAUCCAACACCAAAGUUCAGGAAGAAGGUGGUGCCUGCAGCAGUGGUUUGACAGGGAAAGAUCGAGUGGAUGCAGCCCUUCACCUGGCGGAGAAAUACAAGGAGAAGGAGAAUGGAAAGGUGAGGGAGCGUGCAGGGUCGGAUUCUCUCUCUGUGUUCAGUCUGCAGACCAUCGCUUCCGACUUGGAGAAAUAUGACUCCGUCGAGCACCUUGGGGACCUCAGCGAUGUAGGGAGUGUAACUGGGGAUGAAGGGGAGAAAGAGAGAGGUGUGACGGACAGAAGAGACAGACUGACAGAGACAGCUGGCAGAGAGCGGCAGCAGCAGUUCUACAAGCAGCAUCACAGAAGCAUCAGUUUGUGAGGCUGUCACAGAGGUAACUGCUACAAAUACUGCAAAAAUAAAAUGUGAGAUACCAAUAAAGUACAAAUUAGGGUAAACAUCUCUAACAUAUAGUUACCAACCAAUAUAACACACAGUGAGUUAGCUGCAAAUUUAAAACUGGAGUGCUACAGUAGGUGUAUGAUACUUGGUGUAAAUAUGCACACUUACAUUGACUGACAGAUUAUUCUAAAGCACUGAUCACAGUGAACAUUGCAGCCUAGUUAGAACACUACACUACUACAUCCCUCCAGUAUACUGUAUUCACUUCCUCUGAGGGAUUCUGGGUACAUUUUAUUCCUUGAGCAUGAAGAAACAGCAAAGACAGAUCAAAAGCCAUGUGUGAACAGACAUAUUUAGAAAGUCAUCACUUCUUUCUUUCCCAGGCUAAUCAGUGAUCUAAUUUUGUAAGUAAAUCCCCCAGUCGUGUCGACGCUCAUUGGCAGUUGCUUCAAGGGUUGCAGAGUCUCUCCAUACACACUGAGAUCCCCACUCUUACCU